GUUCUUCAAGUCGCUUUCUUUCAAACUAAAGAGCAAUAGAGAUAUUUCUUUCCAAUCUUAAACAAUCUUCAAUCUUUUUCUGCUCUUUGUUACAAAUCUUGUGAAGGGGUUUCUGUAAACAGGACCCUUCUUCUGGUUUAGAGUGUUACAAACUUUUUAGCAUUUUAGUUGAUCUCUAUUGAAAAAGUGUAGAUUUGGGGAAAAUGGGUAGUGGUAAUUCACUUGGAAAGUUGAAGAUAUAUCCAUACAUAUAUACAAAUUAUUUUUUUUGGUGUUGAUUGAGAUUGGUUCUUGAUAGUGCUUUUUUCUAUGCCAAAGGUUUGUUCUUUUUACCUUUGCCCUUUGAUCUAUUUAUUGAUUUCCUUGUUAUUUCCAUCUUGCUUUUGAGUUAGGUGAACAAAAGGUUGACCUUGAUUCUUGAUGUUGUUUUCCUUGGAAGUUUUUGUUAUUAAAAGUUGUAAGUUUUGUUGAGAAAGUAAUUUCUUCUUCUUGAUUUCUUCCUUCUUUCCCUUGUUUCUGUAUAAUAAAUUCUUGGGGCCAAUGAGGAAGAUUGGGAAUUUUGGAUUUUAGAGCUAUGGGUGUUUUAGAUCCUGAAAUUUAGGAAAGCUGGGUUCAUUUUAUAGAUCUUGAAUUGUGGCAGAUGGAUUUUGUUGUCUUUGCAAAGGAAUUGGCUUUAGGAAAUGAAUACUUGUGCUUCUAGCUGUAGUUUAGGGGGUUGUUUUUUUUAUAUUGGUUGAAUAUAUAAGUUUAUAUAUAUUGGGGGUGUGAGAAGUUUGACAUUUAAUUUGCAUGGAUUGAACCAGUAGGUCACGUGAGUGGCAAUGUUAAGAGCAUUAGCUCUUGGCUUGUUGAUUUCUCUUUUUGCGGUCUCGGUUUCUGGCACUGACCAUGAGUUUGCAAUUUGUAACUGUGAUGUUGAGAGCUUUUGGAGUGUUCAUAGCAUUUUAGAGUGCCAGAAGGUGAGUGAUUUCUUCAUUGCCGUGGCAUAUUUUUCGAUACCUAUCGAACUGCUUUACUUCAUCAGUUGUUCGAACGUCCCCUUCAAAUGGGUCCUUGUUCAGUUUAUAGCCUUUAUAGUGCUUUGUGGAUUGACACAUCUUCUCAAUGCAUGGACUUAUUAUGGUCCCCACUCAUUCCAAUUGAUGUUGUCCCUCACCAUUGCCAAAUUGCUUACCGCCCUCGUCUCAUGUGCGACCGCAAUUACGCUAUUAACUCUGAUCCCUCUGUUACUCAAAGUGAAAGUAAGGGAGGUAUUCUUGAGGCAAAAUGUAUUGGAAUUGGAUCAAGAGGUUGACAUGAUGAAAAGGAAGAAGGAAGCCAGUUCACAUGUUCGUAUGUUAACACAGGAAAUCAGGAAAUCCUUAGAUAAACAUACUAUAUUGUACACCACUUUGGUUGAGCUUUCCAAGACUUUGGAUUUAAUCAACUGUGCCGUGUGGAUGCCAAAUGAGAAUAGAACACAGAUGAAUUUGACUCAUGAGUUGAAAGCAAGUUCUUCAAGGAGUUUUCACCAAUCUAUCUCGAUGAAUGAUCCUGAUGUGAAGGAGAUAAAGGGGAGUGAAGGGGUGAGAAUCCUGAGACAAGACUCUGCACUUGGGCUUGCGAGUGGAUCAGAUGAGGCAGGUUCCAUUGCAGCAAUCAGGAUGCCAAUGCUUCAAGGUUAUAACUUUAAAGGGGGGACGCCAGAAUUGGUGAAGACACGCUAUGCCAUUCUGGUGUUGGUUCUUCCUAUAAACUCUAGGAAUUGGAGCUAUCCGGAAAUGGAGAUUGUUGAGGUGGUUGCUGAUCAGGUAGCUGUAGCUCUAUCCCAUGCUGCAGUUCUCGAAGAAUCUCAACAAAUGAGAGAAAAACUGAGCCAGCAAAAUCAUGUGUUGCAGCAGGAAAGACAGAAUGCAAUGAUGGCCAGCCAAGCGAGGAACUCUUUUCAGAAAGUAAUGAGUCAUGGCAUGAAAAGACCAAUGCACUCAAUUUUGGGCUUACUUUCAGUGUUUCAAGAUGAAAAUAUGAACUUCAAGCAGAAGAUUCUCGUUGACACAUUGGUCAAAACAAGCAGCGUUCUUUCAACUUUGAUAAAUGAUGUGAUGGAGAUUUCAGCAAAAGAUCAUGGAAGAUUUCCGUUCGAAAUGAGACCUUUUAGCUUACAUUCCAUGAUUAAAGAAACUUCUUGCCUUGCCAAAUGUUUAUCUGUCUAUAAAGGCUUUGGUUUUGAAGUUGGCGUUCAGAGUUCUUUGCCUGACCAAGUGAUCGGUGAUGAAAAAAAGACUUUUCAAGUGAUUUUGCAUAUGGUUGGCUAUCUACUGGGAAUCAAUAGUGGAGGGGGAACUGUCUUAUUCCGGGUUCUAUCGGAUUCCGGUAGCCAGGAGAAGAACGACAAAAUAAAUGCGUGGAGAUCAAACAUACAAGAUUACCUGUUCUUAAAGAUUGAAAUCGGUAUUCAUGGGGGGUGUUCUGUGGCUGAUGCACCAGUCUCAGCCAAAACCAUUUCUGCUGAGAAGCAUAAUAAGGAUGAAACUAAGGAGAGCCUGAAUUUUACUAUGUGUAAAAAGAUUGUGCAGAUGAUGCAAGGGAACGUCUGGAUAUCCACAAACUCUCUGGGCUUUGCACAGAGCAUGACACUUCUUCUCAGGUUUCAAAUCCAAUCGUAUAUCCAAAGAAUCACGUAUGCGCAUGGAGACUCUGCCGAGCAAUCAAAUUCCUACUCCAGAUUCAGAGGUUUACGAGUUCUACUUGCUGCUGAUGAUGAUAUAAACAGGAUCGUGACCAAGAAGUUGCUAGAAAAGCUGGGUUGUGAAGUGACGGCUGUUUCUACUGGAUUUGAAUGCCUAAGUGCAGUCAGCCAUGCUGAAAAUUCUUUCAGAAUCGUUGUUUUGGACCUUCACAUGCCUGAAAUGGAUGGAUUUGAAGUGGCGAUGAGAAUCCGUAAGUUUCGCAGCCGUAAUUGGCCAUUGAUUAUAGCCUUGACAGCUAGUGCCGAGGAUCAUGUUCGAGAGAGAUGCCUACAAAUAGGAAUGAAUGCAGUUCUUCAGAAACCUGUUUUAUUGCAAGGAAUGGCGGAUGAGCUUCGAAGAGUUUUGCAACGGACAGGGGAAGGGGUUUGAGGAGCCACUCGUACUUAGGCCAAUGGAUUAAAUGCUUGGACUGCAG